GGCGCAUUCCCUUAAUAUCACUAUACCCUCUAGAAUUCUCCGGAGUCGGUAAAAGGGAAUAUCGAGCUUGCCUUGAGGCAUUCUUAGACCAUAUCUUAUAAGGCCAUCAUCAUGGGCGCUUGCAGCACAGAACUUUGUCCCUCCGAAACCUCAUCCUUCAAGUUGGAGCAAAAUGGGUUUCCUCUCCAGCGUGUCUAACUUUUUCUUCGAUGUUGGGAUCAUGUCUUACGAUAUCCUCCUUACACUCCUCAAUCUCGUGAUGAAGAAGCGCCGCAUAGGGCACGUCACCCCCGAGGGCCACUCAGGCUAUGGUGGGUAUUGGCCUGAGUUUAAGCCUGCUCAGGAAGGCGACUCCCGCUGCUCAUGCCCAGCACUCAAUGCGAUGGCCAAUCACGGUUACGGCCGCAACAUCUCAUUUGUCGAACUUAACCACCAGAUCCGCACAACUUACAAUUUCAGUCCUUCCUUCUGCUCUUAUGUCCCACAUUUUGCCGCUCGCAUGCUCAAGAGAAGCUACAGCAAGGAUACCUUUGACUUGGCAGAACUCGACUUGCACAAUGGUAUCGAACACGACGCAUCUCUCUUCCGUCUUGACACUGCCCUUCAACCAAACCAAUCGACAAAACACAUACCUUUCAUCGAAGAAUUGCUCGAGGCAUCUACCGGCAAGGACCAAUAUGGCAAUAAUGUCCUGACCACAAAAGAUCUCUCUGGGAUUCUGGGAAAGCGUCGAGCAGUGGCGCGCGCAACCAACAGGGAAUUCUCGCUCAGCUUCUUCCACAGGAUGUUCGGUAGUGCAAAUUCCUCAACACUGCUCACAAUCUUUGGAGGCCGUGUAAAUGACCUGCGCAGUGUUGUUCUUCACGAGCGUAUUCCAGACGGCUGGGAGUCACGCAUUCGCCAACCCUAUGGACUGACUUUUACGCACUUCAACAAGACUGUAUUGGCAGUCGAAUUUGGUGUGCGCGAGAAGGAUUGGACGGAAGCAGCGCAGGAAGCAGCCCGUCAACGUGCUACUUCUGUUUGA